CGCGAAUCCAUUCUUGCUCCUAGAAAACGGCCACAGGGUUUCGAAGAAGGCCGUCUACGAUGUUGUCUCGAAGUUCGGUGUGCGGGGUGACAGCCCAACGCUGACCGCCUUGGACAUUGCGUGGGACCCGCAGGGGCUGAACAGUACAGAGUUGACGGAUCUUUCCGACCGGAUCAAAACCGCGGUUCUUAACGCCGGGGUCUCCGGGGUGCAAGUCGGGGACAUCACGCCCCUGCCUG